GACAGGGGUCCCCACAGUGGCUGUUGUGGAGAGCUAGGGGAUUCAGAGGCCGCGGUGGCAGUGAUCUUACAUUUCGAAGGCGCGUGGGGAUGACGACGGACGGAAGGAAUUGAGGCGAGUUCGUGUCAAACAGUAUAGCGAGGCAGCCGAGAUAUCUUCUACAUGGAGAUAUGCCGUGUGUGGGAUGGGAUUCCGAUGCCGCAGCCCCUCCUUGAGAGAGAGGCAGGUAGACAGGGCCGCGGCAUGAGCUAGACGGAUGGCGUAAUACAAUAUAACCAUUUCCCCCUCGUUGUUUUACAUACUUUGAGAAAUCUAUAAUUACCGCUGCGAAUUAAACCGAACAUACGAAUAUACUACAGCUUUUUUUUAUUGUGCUUCAAGUCUCGAAAUUAUCAGCUGCAAAUAUGGCAGACACGAACAAGCCCCUUGGUCCUUUCAAGCUGGUCACGGUCAACAAGGCCCCCGAGCGUGCGAAGAGACUUAUUGGGCGCGUGGUUGAGGAUGUGAAGGCGGAUUACACGAUUAUCCACGCUGCUAAUGCUGAGACUAUCGAUGAAGUGAAAGACUUGGUUGAGAAGAACCAGCCAGACGUUUUGUUCUGUGCAUCGAUGUGGACGCCCGAGGAGAGCGAUAGGAUCCAGGCAAUUGCACGAGAGACGAAGCCAGGGAUUAAGACGAUGGCGCUGCCACAAGGAUUACAGGUCGAGAAAGGACCGGAUGCUGUGGUGGAGUAUAUCAUUGAGAAGUGGCCAGGGCUUGUUGCGGAGUGAUGGGUAUAACGGGUGCGGUGCUGUGUAUAUAUGGGUUGGUGUUGGUUGUAGAUAUUUGGG